AUGGACAUAAAUUGGUCUUUUCAUCCAUCCCCUCUCUUAGCCGCCCCUCUUGUUUGCUUCCCACUUCCUUUCUUCACAUCUUCUCCGCAGCAAAAGACGCCCCACCCGGUGACCAUCAUGAACCUCCUCCUAUCCCUCUCCCUCCUGGGAGUAGCAGCCCUCUCCAAUCCCCUCCCCCAACCCGGACCAAACCCCAACGACCCCAACGACCCCUUCCCCCCCCUACCCCCCGACCUCACCUUCGACGACAUCGCCGAGUUCCCCACCUUCAACGGCACAGGCGCAACAAUGCUCCGCUUCGGCUGCCACCAGCUCGUAAUCGACCGCAUCGACCCCCUCGUCAACCCCCGCGCCGUCCCCUCCCCCCACCAGCACCAAAUCGUCGGCGGCGACGCCUUCGACGCGUACAUGCCCCUCAAGGACAUCGCCAAACGCUCCUCCUGCACCGGCUGCUCGUACAGCGACGACUUUAGCAACUACUGGACUUCCAACUUGUACUUCAGAGCACGGAAUGGUAGUUACAAACGAGUCAAACAGAUUCCGAAUAACCUGCAGUUUAACGAUACUUUUGCCACGCAGACGGAGGGGGGGUUGACGGCGUAUUAUGUCAGUCCUGGGCAGGGGGAGCAGGGGGUGAAGGCUUUCAAGCCGGGGUUUAGGAUGUUUUUUGGGGAUGCGGCGCUGAGGGCGAGGCCGACGACGGGGUUCAACUUGAGCAGGCAGACUUGUUUCAGGUGUUAUACUGGGCCGGGGUUUGAGGGGGAUAAUCUGCCUCCGUGUCAGGAUCCGGCGGUGGAUAGUUGGGGGUUGCCGCAGAGGAAGUGUUUUGGGAUUAGGAGCAAUAUCCUGUUUCCGACCUGCUGGGACGGCGUCACACUCGACACUCCCGACCACAAAUCCCACGUCGCCUACCCCCUCGAGGGACCCCAACCAUUCAGCGCCUUCCGCACCGCCGAAGCCUGUCCUCCUUCUCACCCGGUCAAGAUCCCUCAGGUCAUGUUGGAGAUCGUCUGGGACACCACCCCCUUCAACGACCCUGAGCUCUGGCCUGCCGACGGCUCUCAGCCGUUUGUCUUGUCGACUGGUGACCGCUCGGGCUACAGCCAACACGCGGAUUACGUCUUUGGGUGGAAGGGACAGGAGCUGCAAAAGGCGAUGAAUGCCGGCUGUGCGGCAGCGAAUUGUCCCGGGAUCAAGGUGCAGAGUUUGAAGAAGGCCAACAAGUGCAAGGUGAAGCCGUUGGUGAAGGAGAAGUCCGAGGGGUGUAAGUUUUGUUUCUUAGACACUGUAUGUGACGUGACGUGGAGCUGA